GAUCAGCCCCAUUUCUCCUCGAAAAACAAUUUUUUACAACCAGAAACCUCCCGAAAUCCGAAAAGUGUGGCAAAUACGACACCUCUAAACCUUUCUGUGGCUCUCUGAGCUCUACGUGGACUUAUGCCGUUAAUUGUUAUUGUUCUCUUUCAUAAGCACCUUGGCAUAAAAUUCAGACCAAUGUGCGCGAACGAUUCCUGACGAACUCCAGAGCAAUCUUUGCAAUGCAAUUAAAAUUUGUUUGCUACUCACUAACAUAAAACCAUAACACUUUCUUCGUCAAAUGUCCUAAGUUGGACAUGAAUUAAUUGACAGUCGAGUUGGUGAAGGUAGAUUUGCAAAAGCUAUUUCUAGCUGUCAAUGUGAUAUCUGAAACUUGAGUUUCCCCUUCCAGAAUUCGCUCCACAAUAGCACAAAGCUGCAAUGUAAAUUCUAGCAAAAAUUUUUUGAAAAACCCUCCUUCUGCGUUACCAUACAAACCAACGAUGCUUUUAUUUCAUCUAAAAGUUCAACGAAGUUUUAUUUGGUCCGGAUUUUGUGUCUGGGCUAAGUUGGCAAAAUCCCUUGAGCAUCGUUUAAAUUGAUCGUUGACAAUGCGCAGCUGUGUCGAGUACAUUGUUAUAGUCACGUGGGUAUGAAUCAGCCGAUUUGAUUGGCGUGGAAGAAAGACUCACGUGCUUAAUAAGUGGGUUUGUCUUUAAUAAAAUAGUCCAACACUUAGGAUAUUCUUUCGCUGACAGUAUGUUUGAUUUCAUAAGAUACUGAAGAACUUUAUGUUCACAGAAGGGAGCAGUCGUUUCGUGCUUAAUGUAUGGCCUUUGUUUCAUCAGCUCAUUAUGUCUGAGUUAUAAACCAACUCGAUGAGACGAUUUUGCGAGUUAACGCGAACAAAUCAAGCAAUUCCAAUGUAAGGGAAUCACCACGACUGUGCUUGCUAACGUUUAUUGGUGAGUAAAAUGUUCAUAACGGGUGUCAAGUUGCUUUGGUGUUCGUGUCGUACUGAUUUGAUUGUAAAAAUUGACCUUCCCCUGGCAUUGGCCUUCAGUGUUUGGAAAUUCUGUUGCCUGCAUUGUUCAACCCGCGCUGCAAAUGAGCAUACAAUAGUUAAUUUUCUCAGGCCGCAUUUGUUUACAGCUCAAAGCUUAGUUUCAUUUAAAUAUCACAGUUGGAUAUCCAGCUUUUAUUUUCUACAGUAGACGGUGAUGGACAGGUAACUCAAUGUUUACGCCCACGAACUACAGCAGCAAGGCCAGAGAAUAGAGGAUACGAGCAAUUGCAUGGUUUUUUCCGCUAAAUCAAGACUUCUGCUGUAUAGUUAUGAACCUAUCUGAAUCGAAAGAGAACUUCAUUCAUGCAUUGGGGUUACGAAAGCUGUCAGAUGAUGAGAUCAUGCUUAGAUUAAGUGAAAGUAAUACAAAGACCAGUCAGUCAAGAAAUUUGCAGAAAGUUCGAAAGAGACCGUUACGCAAGCCAAGGGUGACAAACGUUGUACGAAAGCACAUUUUCCACUUCUCACCAGACGGAAAGCAAAGUAAAAGAGGGAAAUCAACGCGAGCUACUGAACCUCCAAAAAGUAAAGCGGAUACCUCAGUAAUGCCCAAGUCGGUUGUUUUCAGCUACCCGAACAACGCCAGUGUCAAAGCAAGUAUGGCGCAGCACUCUUCAUCUCCAGCCCCAUCUCCCCGGCUUUCAUCUUCACAACUUCCCUCUCCUCAACAUAACCUCAUCCUUCUUCCAACGCAAAAUAAAAACCAACAGGGCAUUCCAGCUCAACCAAGUAUAGUUUUAGGCCAAACUAUUUUUCAAGGCCCAGACGGAAAGAAGUUUAUUCUCAUUCCCAGCAGUACGACGAAACCAGCUAGCCCUGGAGUGGGUCAUGCACCUAAAGCAAAACCUUUCACCCCAGGACAUACCCCGAUUUUGCCUCUGUCAGGGAAUUUGAAGAUCAAAACCAGCACAGAAGCUACAGCUCCGCAACCAGGAUACUUGUAUUUACCACAGGGCCAAACUGUCAUGUCAAGCACUACGGCAACACUUAGAACUACAAGCGUAGUCACCAGCGUUACAAAUGUUCUACCUGGUAGUCAAGUUAUUGUCAGCCCGUCGCAGAAGCCUGGUACCAAGCAGUUUGCCAAAAAACAAGUAACGUCACAACACAGCAGCAGCCAAUCUAAUAUUAUGCAUCUUCUAAAUAUGACAAGGACGGCCCUUAGUGAAACGCAGUUCCCUGUGGCCUCUGUGAACUUUGGUGUCUGGCCACCAAACAGCAAUCAAACAAUUCAACUCAUGAAAAUAAAACCUAAUGAUAUAACCCAGAAAGAUGCCUCCUCUGUAAGUACAGCCUCGCUAUCAAGGCCAACAGCUAUAACUGUGCAGUCGAAUGCUCUUACUUCUUCGAUGGUGGCAUCAAGCACAGUUAACAUACCAAUGGCUUCGUUAGCUUUAAUACCUAAAAAUACCACUAAGCAGGUUUCAGUAGAUAUCCCAAAAGUGGACAGAAUAUUGAAUUCCUUGUCCAUUGCAAACAAAGCAAGAGCUACUCUAGUGGGCACAAACUCAAUGUUUACAUCGCCAUUGUCAGUUGAUUUCAAAACUGUCCAGGCCAAAGUACCAAUCUCAUCUUCAAUCAAAAUGUCUAUUAACACCGAUACAGCCAGCCUUGGCGUUGCAGCGUCGCCCGCUGGUGCUGCGAAGCGUACAAAUGUGCAUUUGGAGACCUCUUCGAAGAAUAUAAGUUGCAGUCCCCAAGCUAAAUCUCAAGUCAAAGUUAGCCACAUCAGCCGGUAUUUAGGAGAUCCAACUAAAAAUGUCCUCAACCCAGACACGAACUGUUUGGUGAUUCAAGGCAAAAAGCGAAGAAAGAAGAGAGAAUUCAAAAGUUUUAACUAUCUCCAGUAUCGGCGCUACGGAGGACCACCCUUUGUUCCAUGCAAAGCACCUCCUGCCCCAAAUACCCCAAGCAGUGGCACCUGCUGCCUCUACGAGCAUACAUUAUUGAAAAUGGCAACUCGGGGUUUCUGGGGAUGUGAAAUGGGUCAACUUCAAGACGUCUUUCGCUCCAUUAGAAGCGAAUCUAUUGAUAUGGAUACCGUCGAAGACGUGACCAAACGUUGUUAUGGUUUCGUUAGGCGAAAAAUCGUUGCUGCGGGAGAGGACAGCAAGGCGAUGUAUCGGUACAUGAAAAACUACAUCGACGAGUUUGACAGUUUUUUAGACCGUGUUUACCCCGUUGCUAUCAUUGCGAUGCUUAUAUACCUACCAACUGCUUCUGAUUACUCUCUGGUCACGUGGCAUGGAAUACCACCCACAGGUUGGUCCGAGUACCGUCGAGCUGUCGUCAUGAGAGAGGUUUUUGAAGUUGUUUAUCGCUUUGGCACUGAGUUGGACGCUGUUCCUGAAUAUCAAAAAGAAUUCUUUGAUAGUCCGGUUAAAUCAGCUCUGCUUGUCCCGAGAGUUUUUGAUUUGCGACAAAGCUACUCCGAUCCGACAACCUGUGUCGUACAAAAACUGUCACAAACCGAUAAAGGUGCUGCUACUGACGAAUCACGGUCACUAUCCUCGGAGGCAGAAAUGUGCAAAGAAGACAUCCUGCAGCGGAAUAUCAAGUCGGAGAAUUUACCCGGAUCAAUGCCACAAUCUAAGAUAACAACAGCUACAAAGUCAUCUACUUAUGAGACUUCUAAGACUAAAGGCUGCGAUCUCCUUGAGCACAAGUCUGUUAUCGUGAAUCUGACCGAAUCAGGUUUGCCAAAUAAUGAUCCGGAAAGUGGCAAGAGCUCGUCGGCAGCUUGCGGUAGUCAGGCUGAUGAUGUAGAUACACGCCGUCAAAGUGAGGCUGCAAAGGUGUCUGAAUCUGUGCAAAAUCAAAGAAGUGUUCGAAAUGACCUCCAAGGGAAGCCAUCUCAAAAUGGCGGCCUUAGUAAAAAAGACAAAAUGUUGGUGAAACCUAGAAAUAAUUGUUUGCACGAUGGGAAUUGCAGUUGUCACAACAGUGAAAAUAUAAUAGAUCAAUCGGCGUUCACAUCUCAAUCAGGUGGAACAAAGUUACCUUUUAGUGAUUAUAACAAUUAUUGUGAGCUGUUAUCGCGAGAUGGUGUCAGCCAAAGAAAUGAAGGAAGCACUAGUCUCACAUUUGACAGUAAUGCGAACAAGAUAAUUCGAUUGAAAGAAGAACGAAAUAUCUCCCCGAUGCCAAAGAACGGUGCAGAAUUGACUCACGAAAACACAGAAGCGAAAAAUGGAGAGGAACACCAAAGGGUCAUAACCGCAGGAUUUGCAGAGAGCAUUGUUGCCGCCUGUGAAAAUAAAAAGGCGUGGAUGCGAGACAGUAUUAAACAAAGAAUCGAGGCUAGGGACGUACCUGAAAAUACUGGUGUUACAUUAGACAGUGAUAAGAAACUGUCGCUCAAUACAGUUGUCAAGAACUCAAAUCCGGUGACGUUGCCAACAAGAUGCCCAGAAACAGGAACUAGUUUGUUAGAAACCGGACUAGGACAGGAUUCAGUAGAAAACCGACAAACACCAUAUUUGCGGUCGGCCGCAGACCCGGUACCACAGGAGAAUCUGGAUGUGGCUGACGCAAAUGAACAGAUAGUGUAUUCUGAUCAAGAAAACGGCAGUUAUAGCAAUGACGGGAGCUUGAUGAGCCGACGAAGGACAUCACGUCGAAUAACAAACUCGACUCGUUUUGAUCUUCUUGGAGCCUCAGACGAACUGUCGCUUGAACGUGAUCUUCGCAAAGCUAUAAAGCUAAGCAAACUUGAGGUUUCUGUUGGCAGUAGGCCGACCAGUGAAAAUGAGGAAGCUCCUCCCGAAAGCCUGCAAGUCGAAGAAAUAAAGAAGACUGAAAAAAUUCCAAUAAGAAAUUCUUUAAAGCCGUUUAAUAUCAAGCACUUUGGAAUUAAAGAUGGCAGUGACAACGAUGUGCCUACGCUUAAAAAGAUUAAUCGUUCUGUAGCUUUUGAAGCUCUCUGGACGCAGAUGUCAGUUGAAGAGCCAUCUGUCAUACUGGACAACAAAACCUACAGUCUAGGAGAAUUUCUCGAAAAGUUCCCAGUAGAGACACAUUGUCCACCUGAAAGAACUGUGAUUCGAGCAAGUGGUCAUGAAUACAAAGCACGUGAUAUACUAGGGUACCUUCGACGGGGGAGCCAGCUUGUAGAACAGGUAGACAACGAGGUUGUCAUUGAUACAACUAGAACAGUAAAAAGUGAUGCCGUUAUUUUAGCUGUUCGGAAGGUACCUCCUGGAAAGAUCAGCAAGCUUGUACACCCAGAUCUUCAUUUAGAAAAUUAUACAGGCUUUUUACUUCCGAUUGGUGUUAAACAGCCAGGCAAAGGAAGGAGAGGGACAGGAAGAUCUGCAGCAAGAUUGAAACGCAAAUCAAGUCUAACUAAAGAGGAAGGCGUUAUUAAAAGCGAACCUGAAAGCCCCUCCAUUUGCAGCUCUCCAUUCCAAGAAAUCGAGGACAGCCUCGCAAGCCCGCCUCCGCAGAAGCUAUCAAGACUCAGGAGUACAGAUGAGCAAUUUAUUGGAGAGAAAAGAGAUGCAGAAACAGAAACCUUUGUGGCAAAGGAAAAUAAAGAAAUGCAGACAGAUGUUGUGGAUCAGAAUUAUAGCACUUCGUGGGCACCAUCUAUUACAAAUAUCACUGACGUUGAUUCGUUGGAAAAGGCUCUGAAUUCCGUUCUCGAAUCCGCGAUGGGUGCCAUUCUCAGAUCUGAUUCAGCUGCAAACGUAUCUGGAACUUCCGAAGACCCUUUCCAGUCUUUGAUAGCAAGUUAUGAAAAAGCUGGUAACUUUUUAAUAAAUACUGCUAAGUCACUCAGCAGACUACGAGCUAAGGGUCUUCGUGACCCUUUGAAUGAAAAUCUAUGAAGAUGUUAUGAUGCAACCUCCCUCGUUUCGAGCUGGAUCUGGACACUGGUGUGCAUGUCCCUUUCGCUGGUCAUUCAAACGUUUUUUACGUUCAAAACAUCAUAGCCUUCAAAGUGAUAUUUUGUAAUUGCAUUGGGAUAAAGGAAAGCCUCUAUGCAGGUUUAUAUGCUUGUCCAACCAAUAUUUCUGCCAGUUUGACUGCGUAACGAAUAACAACUUAGAUUAUGAAGUAUACAGUGUUUGUGUGGUGUCGUUUUGAAAUAAACAGAAUACGCCAUGAGUCCUUUCAACCUGGAGCAGGGCCUCUAUUAAAAGAAUUCUCGUAAUGGAAUCUCAAAAAACGAAUUUGACAGACCCCUGCUUUUUAAAGUACUUCAAUUUCAUGGGCCAGCCAGUACUUGGACAAUUUGAUCCUUUAUUUCAUCAUAUAGACGUGCACUUGCUCUUCGUCUAAAAAUAUUCCAUAUAUGUUUAUCUUUUACUUAAGCGCCGAUGUUAUUGGGUGUGUUUUCACAAUAAUGAAAUGAUGACUAGGACAGAUAAGCUUAGAUAAAUGAGUACACCUGCGUCGUGACUGGAAUUACAGUAUUUAGAGACCUAUCAUACAUUUUGAUGUCUUCAAGUUGGAAUAAAUUGAAUCUUUUGUAAUUUUAAGGAUUUAAGCUCGCUGAACUAAAGAAUUUUGAUAACUUUGGAAUUUUAUAAUGCAUGAGAAAAAUUUAUUCAAUAUUCCAUUGAUUUGUUGCGUUUUUUUAUUUGCGGUUUCAUAUGAGUAGUAUGAACAUUUUGUAAAAUUAUUGAGGAUGAGAUUAAUAUUUUUUUUUUAUUUCACUGCUUAUUAACAUGCAUCUUUUCUCCGCAAUACCAUUUCUAAGAUUUUUUGCCUCCUGCAAAAUGAGGAACUUGUAUAUAAGUAAAAUUCAAUCUCUGAAAGAACAAACUAAUUUACAAUAUGGAACCAGUAACUUUUCGAAUAAUGCGUAAGGUGUUAUUCACGACUCUAUUCUGGCUCCUUUCCUUUUGCAUAUCUUGCUAGAAAAGCUUAGAAUAGUCUAUAUCCUGUUCCGCUCAAGAAAUGAAACCUUCGUUAAUUUACUUAUCGGGAAUGAAAUACCAAUGCAAUAUAAAAGGCAUUUAAUUUCAUUUAAUCAUCAUGAAAAUCGUUCAAUGGUUCUAAGGCAAAGGUUUCAGGGAAUCUGCUCUUCUCGAUGACAUUUUUUUCAUAGUAGUUCCAGGGGACCGGCAUUCAAUCUUUCUUGAGACUAUUAAUGAAGUUUAAAAAAGUUUAUUUUUCUAUUACAGCUUGAUUCAGCUGUCGAAAUCGCGUAAAAUAAUUUAAAGAGACCGGAAAACCCUCUGAAUAAAUCAAAACACAAUUUCCAUUUUGUUCCUUUUGGUCAAAUUCUCGCUUCUGCGGAGUAAAUGAUGGCUGUACUCGGCCUACAUCUAUCCACUCUCCAGUUGUCGUUGCAAGGUCUGGAUAACCUUUAUACUUUUUGAGUCAUUGCUAAAAAUGAUGUGCAGCAUUGGACAAUGGUAUACUACAUCAAAGAUUUUUAAUAAAUUUUUCUUCAUCGAAUGUGCAGCUGUCUUUAUACUCAUGAUCCUUUUGUUAGCAUUUCUGAAUUCAACACCCUGCUUGUUACCUAGAUCUGAUUUACGUUAUUUGUGUUAUCAACAGAAUUAGGAACCAGAGAGCAUCCUGUUGGGCUUUCAUUACCAAGUUCAAAUAUUGAGAAGGCCACCUUGUUUUCUAUCAUCCGGGAGAAACUGUUUUCAUCUUUGUAUACAUUAACUUGCAUAUUUUCUAGCCAUUUGUAGUAAUUCUUCAAACACAGGCAGUCCAAUAACCCAUAUAACAGCGAGGCACGACAACUAAUCAAACUAAAGAUAAUUUGUUUGACAGAUUCAUUAAACAAUUCAUUAAAUUCUAGGUUCUUUAGCUCGACCGAUUCCAACUAUCAAAAGCAUUGUUGCGACAGUUCUAGACUCAUGCUCUCUACAAAACAAGAACGUUCGAUGGGCUUACAAAGAGGUGUUCUGUCCUUAACAUGACACCUGUUGUUUUUCAUAUUACAGUCUACGGGUAGCCUUGCGAGAUUGAAAUGAAAAGAUGAGAUGAGUCUUUUCGUAUCAACAUAAAAAAGUUUUAUGUAUUAUGUCUGAAAAAGUAAUUCUCUUCUCUAUCGGGGUGUCAAAGGAUUAAACUGUAUUUGGAUAGAGUAAAGUGGGAAACAGGGACAUGCAUCUAUUCCUCGAUCAUUUUUAAUGUUCCUCAAAGUCCUCUGUGUUCAAACUGGGCUUGUCACGACUGCAGAUAACGUAUUAUAGUAGAAUUAUAGAGGCUUUCUUUUCAUAAUUAACAUUAUCUACCAUGAAUACAAUAUAAUAUAUAAAAAGCUGUCCACUUUUUAUGUGCAAAAACGCCUUGCCUUCGGAUUGAUAUCAUGAAUAGAUUCUUUACUUGGUUCUCUUGCAUCUGAUGGCAUAAUAAAUGACGUAUUUCCUUAAAGCUUAAUAAAAUCUUGUUACUAUGCAAUGCUAUUUCGCAUUCGUACUUCACAGGAAACACGCAAGCGUUUUGUUGUACAAAAAGUCUUUCAUGCUAAAACCCCCGGAUUUGAUUAUAUUUCGACGUUGGUGGUACUUGAUUAUUAGAUUGCUGUUUUCAAGAGUUUAUAAUAUAUCACGGGAGUCAACCUGCUUACAAAGGACGUAAUCAAAUCAUUUAUUGAAGCCAUUGACAUUGAUUGUUAUCACGAUUGUAUGUACAUCCAGGCUUUGUCUGCUAUGAUAUUUUUCUUGCUCAAAUGUCUAGGCAGGGAGCUCUUUGACGCUUUCAAGUAGCUUGUGUCCUCAAGUUUUGUUAUACUGGUUCUCUCAAUGCUUGAUGUGUGGUCAACGAUCAACGAAUGCUGCAUCCUCGGAUAAACUGUAAAUUACAAAGCAUUCUUUGCGGAUUUUGCACAGAUAUUUUCGUCGUGAUAAACCUAAUAGCUGCAAAUAACACGAAGAUACUUAUCUAGGAGGCAAUGCUGAUAACACAGCUGUAGUUCUCUCACUCUUCAGAGGUUGAAGGAUAAUUAUCUGUGCAUAUCAUCUUCGCUAGAAAUUCACGACAGUGUACCAAAAGGAUGAUGGUUUUACAGAUUCUUUACGACUCGUAUUAAUGCCUGGUUUGUCGUGGACGUGUUUUGACUUAGCAUCCUUCAGUAAGCAUUUUGCCAUAUAAUGCAUUGUUAAGAAUCAGUGUUACUCUAACUUGUAAAGGGGAAUGAAUCAUCAUGUUUUACAAAGGACCCAUUCGAUAUUCGGCAUCAAAUAAUCGAAGAUAGAGUGUGGACAAACGUGCACUAAUUUGUAACAUUGCAGCUGUUUUUCAAACGAAAGUCAGCAGUUUGUUUCGAUAGGAUUUUAUUGGAAAAUGGUGCAGUUGAACACAAUGAAAGACGCCCAUGCCUUGGUUAGUUCAGUAAUAUACAUGAAAGGAAUAUACUGUUCUUUAAUAGAAAGAGAUAUCUAGCUCAAUGUUGCAGGCAUUCUAACAUCAAACCUGUUUGGAAAGCUCAUGAAGCAUCAUCUGAAACAAACGACUGUCAAAAGAAAUAAAUAUGUUAUGGUUUAGAGCCUAAGCGUAACUCAUAACAGUAAUGGA